GCGUAGCAAACUUUCCCCCAAAUCGAUGAUGUCAAACCACGAACUAAUAUAAAUACACGUCCAUGGUCAAACGAAAAUAAUGUAAUGUCUUUUUCAUACAUUAGGCCCUGUGCACCACGUAUAGCUAGUUUGUUAAAACAAAGCAGUCACUAAACUGCUGGUAUUUUAUAAGCUGGCCGUAUAUACACGACCAUGCACCGUGCCAGAAGAAAGCUGCUUACAAAAUUCCAGUCUCUCAUCAGGCCGCCACCAUUCGGACGACAAAGCGCCAUCUACGUCAGUCAUUGCACAUCUACCUCUAAAGAAAUUUGAUUUGUGAAAUAUAAUGUUGUUUGUUUUUUUUUUGGUUAUCUUUUUGUGAUUAGAGUCGUUAAAUUACUUUUAAGCUCUAUAAAUUACUUUAUUUUUUUUUAUUCUAGUAAUCGAUGGGUCAUGGUGGAGGAACUACAGUUAUGCCCCUUGUAUUUUAGAAGCGUUAGAGCUCGUUACACACUUUCGGUUAUUUAACUGCUACAACAAGGCUGCUUUAGUCACAUCACGGAAGUGUAUAGAUUCAUGGUCCACCUCCAUGGUUGGAUGCUUAUGAACUUUCAUGUUAAACCUGUUGACUGAACACUUUAAGAUAACAUUUUCCUUAUGAAGCUGAAAUUCGAGUCUUUCUUUGGAUGCUUCGGGAAUGUUGCGAGUGAGAACAAUACAAAUAAUCUGCGCAUUAGUAGUUACGUACUUUGUUUGAGUGCGUACGCGUACCUGUAAAAUAUUUCUGAAAAAAUGAUAAAUUACCAAAAAGUUCUUGAAUAGUAUUAAUAUUUAGUACAAAUAUAAUAUUAGCACGAAAGCAGAUGAAUAAUGAUAAUUAUUAAUGUGUAAAAUUUUCAUAUCACGACGAGGAAAUUAUAGUAAUUGCGAUACAGCGUUUAUACAUGCAUACACCUCUUUUUUUUUUAAAGUUCAUAUUACAACCUAAGUUACAGCAAUAAGCAAAUUUAGACAAAGUUUUGUUCUUGCCACUAUCUGACUUAAAAUUUGAGUUUUGAGAUGUCACAACAUUUAAAAAAAAAAAAAUGAACAUUUUGUACACGUGUAUAUGACCAUGAUUGGAAACAUGACAAACCACAAUAAUGAUUCACUACACUGAUGCUGGGGUAUUCUAACUUUUUUGGGAAGAGACAAAAGUCCUUUUGCUUAGCCUAUCAAAAUCAAAGGUAUUCACAUUUUAAUGGAUAUAUAUAUAUUAUAAGUUCAGACUUUCAUGGAUCUUGCGUGUGUGUACCUGUCCACAACAUCUCAAAGGAACCUGAAGCAUUAGUACAGAGACCAACAUCUGCUAUAAAUGCAACAAGAUACUCAAGCUGGUGGAAAGGGAGGUGUGAAGAUGCACAAUGAAGAAGCAGAAAUUUUGGAUCGACAAAAUCAGCAGCAAAUAAAUGAGGAGCCAGAUCUGCAAAAGCUAAUUGCAGAAGCACUGAAGUCAUUUCCGAACCUUCACUCAACCACUGGGUUGACAAGUCAUGUUUGGCUGCAGGAGCUUAGCAAUUCAAGAGAAGAGAGAGAGAAUUAUGUUGGAGGUAUCUGUAACAGAAAAGAGAAAAAAAAUGCUACAGGGCAGCAUACCAACCAUAGUCCAUGACUGAAUUAUAGACGACAGUAAUAUUUCUGCCAAAUUUGGAGCAAAAAGGGCAAAAAAGGUGAACACAAGUCAUCACGAAGAAGGAACAAUGGUAGAAAAUGUAUCAACAAGGUGACUGAAAAUGAAAAGAGAUAUUUAGGUAACCCACAGACGUCACCUCCACCAGCAGCAGGUUGCUCAACUCCUGUAGAUACAAAGGACAGGAAGAAGAGUUCCACUUCUGUGUCUGCUUUGCCUUGUCAGUCAUUCUCCACAUCUACUGAGCCAUAUGUGAGUGAACUCAAUAAGGCUUUAGAAGUAGGCACCAGUCCAAAGACAAGUGAAAAUGAAAAAAUAUUGGAGGAAAUGAGUCAAAGUACAGGAACAGUCAGUAAAGAAAUUGAAGUGAUUCUCAAGAGAAAUACACAUAUGAAAGUGGGUUCGUCAGAAAAGGAAGAAACCAGAAACAUGCCAGUCAGUGAGACGUAUACUUUGCUUGAACAGCGCUUCAAGACAAUGAAGAAAAAUGUUCUCAGAGUUUUCCAUUAUAUUGUUCCAGAUUUUUCUUUUGGUGAGGAGCAAGACAUUGAAAAUAUUUUAUCGACAAUGAACUACAUAAUUAGUGCUCAUGAAGAGAAAGUGCAACAUUAAAUAUAAGAAAUUUUAAACAUCUGCAGAAAAAGAUGUCUCUUGAUGUCUUGAUCUGACUUCAAUAACAGAAACUCAACUGUUCAUAAGAUUAGAAGUUAAAGCAAGAAUGAUAUCUGCCUCACAAAUUUGUGUGUUUGUGUAUGAGAAUUAGAGAGAAAAAAAUCAACACAAAGUACUUUUGUUUUUGGUGUUUUUUUUUUUUUGGCUGUAAUAAAUUGGUAUUUUUGUUAAUUUUAACUUUAUUAGUUGCAAGAAAAUUGAGAAUAAGGUUAUGCAAAAAUAUGCAUUUGAAAUUACUCAGCAUUCGUCCUUUUAUAAAUUUUGGAUUUAAACAUAAUGUAAACAUUAUUGUCUAAGUAUUUUGAAUGAGACAAAAUUGUCAGUUAGUACUCCAAUAGAUAUUCAAAAUUUGUUUUUCAUAGGGUAUUUUAUUUUUUGUGAUGGGCGUAUCUGGGGUUGGAAAGCUUUUUGAUAUAUAUUUGUAAUUCUCAUAUAUAUAUAAAUUCAAUAUCAAAUGUGUCUGACUGGGACAGGACAUAAGAUAAAACAUUAACAAAUGAUAUAAUAAUUGCCAAAUGUUGUAUAGCACAUAAUGACACUCCUAAGGAGCAUGUUCUUAGUACUUAAGAACAAGAAUGAGACAUGGGCAACCUAUAAGGACAGAGGAACAAACACAUAUACGACAGAAGGAUAAACAUCAGUACUGAUGAUAAAGACAAAUAAAAAAAUGUUAAUAUAAUAUGCAUCAAGGAUGCAUUAGUUACACAUAUCACUGCACCUCAAAGUAUAUAAUGAUUGUAUCUAGUCAAUGUAAUUUCUUCAGAAAUUUCCCAAAAGUAGGAUUUUUACUCGCAGCAACAGAUCCAUUUCUACUUGUUUUUAUUAAUAUGUAUUCUAGACAUUCCACAGUUUUUACAUUAAACCUUGUAUCAGAG